AUGCUCAGAAGGAGUAGUAGGCUCCAAAAGUCGCUCUCGCGAGCCGGAACCAUCCCGAGCCCAGCGUCCGAUACCGCGUCCCCCGCCGACACUCCCACCUCUGCGACCAAGCCCGCAAGUAGACGCAAGGGCACCACCACCAAAGCCCUCUCAGCCCAAAAGGCCAAACCGUCCCCAUCACCUUCUAUCACGGGCUCCGCGUCCAUCUCCUCCUCUUCCUCCUCCUCGCUGCCCAUCCACACAUUCCCCUCCGCCGCGGCAUGGCAGUCCUGGCUCGACGCCAACCACGCGGCGGCGCCCCUUGGGAUCUGGCUGCAGAUCGCCAAGAAGUCCGUCGCGGCCAGGGCGCCGACCGUGACCUACGAGGAGGCCAUCGACGCGGCACUGUGCUACGGCUGGAUCGACGGCCAGCGCCGCGGCCACUCGGCGUCGCACUUCCUGCAGCGCUUCACGCCGCGCCGGAAGGGCAGCGUCUGGUCCCAGCGCAACGUGGACAAGGUCGCCGCCCUCGAGGCCGCGGGCCGCAUGCGCGGACCCGGACGGGCCGAGGUCGAGGCCGCCAGGGCGGACGGGCGCUGGGCGCGGGCGUACGCGGGCUCGAGCACGAUCCGGGUGCCCGAGGACUUUGCGGCGGCGCUGGCGGCGGCGGCGGCGGCGACGGCGGACGGUGCGACAGGGCCGGCGGCGGAAUUCUUUGAGAGCCUGGGCAAGACGCAGCGGUACUCGUUCCUGUGGCGGAUCGAGACGGCCAAGAAGGCCGACACGAGGCAGAAGCGGAUCACGCAGUUUGUGGAGAUGCUCGGGAGGGGGGAGACGUUCAAGUGA